AUGCAGGUGCUGAAUCUCAUAAGAGAUUUCGAGUUGCAAAGGGUGAAAGAAUCAGAGUUUAUCGAGGACUACACUAACAGGCUUCUAAGCAUAGCAAAUAGAGUAAGACUACUUGGCUAUGAGUUGACUAACUCAAGCAUUAUUGAAAAAAUUCUUUUAACUCUGACGGAGAGAUUUGAGGCAACAAUAAUCACCUUAAAAAAUACUAAGGAUAUGUCCAAGAUUACCUUGGCAGAAUCAUUGAAUGUCUUGCAGGCACAAGAGCAACAAAGAAUCAUGAGAGAAGAUGGCAUAGCUGAAGGUGCAUUGCCGGCCAAACAUAAUGAUUAUGCAAAAAACAAGAAGAAUCAGCCAACAAAUGGAGAAAAUACUACAAACAGCUACAACAAAGGCAGGAAACUCGAAGGGAAAUUAUCCUCCAUGCAAGCAUUGUGCCAUGAAGUUGUAAUUUGUAAGAGUAAAAAUCAGCAACAAGAAACAGAAGCUCAAGUUGUUGGAGAAGAGGAGGAAGAUCAGCUUUUUGUUGCAACAUGUUUCUCAAGCGGUGAGUUGAGGGAAUAUUGGCUAAUUGACAAUGGCUGCACAAAUCAUAUGACUCACAACAGGGAGCUUUUCGUGGAUUUGAAGCCUGCUAACACAUCCAAAGUCAAAAUUGGAAAUAGAGACCACAUAGCAGUGAAAGGAUGA